GCCCCGGACGAGGUGUGGCGCCCCAACGCCUACGGGUGCCGCGAUGGCCAUCUUCAGCGUCUUCGUGGUGAACAAGGCCGGCGGGCUCGUCUACCAGCUGGACCACUACGCUCCGCGAGCCGAGGCCGAGAAGAUCUUCAGCUUCCCGCUGGACCUGGUGCUGCGCGCGCACGACGAGCGCGUACUCGUGGCUUUCGGGCAGCGCGACGGCAUCCGCGUGGGCCACGCCGUGCUGGCCAUCAACGGCGCCGACGUGAACGGGCGCCUGACCGCCGACGGGAAGGACGUGCAGGAGUUCCUGGGCAACCCGGCCAACUACCCGGUGGCGAUCCGCUUCGGCCGUCCGCGGCUCUCCUCCAACGAGAAGCUGAUGCUGGCCUCCAUGUUCCACUCGCUCUUCGCCAUCGGGUCGCAGCUCUCCCCUGAGCAGGGCAGCUCCGGCAUCGAGGUGCUGGAGACGGACACCUUCAAGCUGCACUGCUUCCAGACGCUGACAGGCGCUCCCCUUCUCUCCGCAGGGAUCAAGUUCGUGGUGCUGGCUGACCCGCGGCAGGCCGGCAUCGAGGCUCUUCUUCGCAAGAUCUACGAGAUCUACUCGGACUUCGCCCUGAAAAACCCCUUCUAUUCCCUGGAGAUGCCAAUCAGAUGUGAGCUCUUUGAUCAGAACUUGAAGCUUGCACUGGAGACAGCAGAGAAGGCGGCAGGCCCCUUUGUCCCCGGGUUAUAGGGCCAGGUUCUCCCGCUUCUGUUGGGACCGGAAAGGCUUCCCUGCUACCUCGGUCAGCCCUCGACCCCAUCCUUGUUUGGACAGCCUCUGCUGCCGGGAGCUGGAAGGAAACCUUGUUGGCUGCAUGUACACAGUUAAUGUAUGCUCUGCACUUUGUUUAUUGCAUGCGGAAAUAAAAUUUAUUUAAAGAAA